AUGGAAAGGCAGCAUCUAUAAGCUGGUCUGGCCCGAGCUUCUGUUCUACACCUUCCUGUAUUACACCUGCAGCGCCACCUACAGAUUCGUGCUCGAUGAGAAACAGAGGAGAACGUUCGAGAAGGUGUCCAUCUACUGCGAGUCCUUCAUAGACCUGAUCCCGGUGUCCUUCGUCCUCGGCUUCUACGUGAGCAUCGUCGUCCAGCGGUGGUGGGACCAGUACAUGUCCCUCCCCUGGCCCGACUCCCUGGCCCUCUUCGUCUCCACUUCCAUCCAUGGCCAGGAUGAGCGUUCCCGCCUGAUGAGGAGAACAGUCAUGCGUUACGUGAAUCUUACAGAACUCAUCACACUGAUCAUGAUAAGUCCCACGGUCAAGAAAAGAUUCCCAACGCUUGACCACCUGGUUGAAGCAGGCUUUAUGACAUCAAAUGAGAAGAAGAUUUUUGACGAUUUAGAUGCAAAGACGUCGCACCCCAAGUACUGGAUGCCCCUUGUGUGGGCCGGCAGCAUUGUCUCACGUGCCAGGAAGGAAGGCAGAAUCCGUGACGACUUUGCAGUGAAGACAAUCAUCGAUGAAAUCAAUAGGUUUAGAGGACUGUGUGGUGGUCUCCUCAGCUAUGAUUGGAUCAGCAUACCUCUUGUUUACACACAAGUCGUCACCCUUGCUGUGUAUACCUUCUUCCUUGGAACCAUCAUGGGCAGACAAUUUCUCGAUCCGGCACAGAAUAUCGCAAAACAUACAUUAGACUUCUAUGUACCAAUUUUUACGCUGUUGCAAUUCUUCUUCUACAUGGGCUGGCUCAAAGUUGCAGAAUCACUCGUCAAUCCAUUUGGAGAAGAUGACGACGACUUCGAAGUCAAUUGGCUUGUGGAUAGGAAUCUGCAGGUAUCAUACCUCAUUGUGGACGAAAUGCACAGUGAACAUCCAGAACUGAUCCAAGACAUGUACUGGGAUGAAAUCUUCCCACAAGAACUGCCUUACACAGUUGCAGCAGAGCAGUUCCGCAGAGAGCCUCCACAAGGUUCCACUGCACAUAUUGAAGUGCCAGAACCGGAUCAGGAAUUUUUACCACUCUUGGAAGAAAUGGAUGACGAGGAGGACUUACAAGAAGAGAGAGUGGGAGACGUUAAGGUCGAUAUGAAGAAUGGCACACAAGCUAUAGAUAUCAUGAAGAAAACUGGAAGUAUAGGUUCCUCAAUCUCUCGUAUGUCAUCUCAGACCAUCGCCUCUCGUAAACCAUCUAUGCUGUCUAUGUUGAUGCAGAAAGUGAAAUCUGGGAGUCAUGAAAAUAUGAGAAGAAGGAGCAGCAAACCCCUUGGAAGCACAACUUCAAUGCGGCACAUGCGGAAACAACGAGGCUUGAUGAGGUCUGCGUCCAGGAUGUCUUCUUCAUCUCAAGUCUGCCAGAGUCCUGAAUCUGUUGCCAGAAAUCCUACGAUAUUAACCCAGGUAAGAUGGGAUUACAUAAAAAGGAGCUUUUCAUAUUAGUUGAAUAAGUAUAAU